GUAUGAUGGAACAUUUUCUGAUCACUUGGAGAUGCUUGUGCAGAUGGGUUACGUGGUACUUUUUUCAGCCGCGUUUCCACUUGCUGGCAUAUGUGCUCUCAUUAAUAACUUAAUGGAGAUACGUUCAGACGCUUUCAAGUUGGCUCAUGUGCAUCAGCGACCCUUCGGGCAGCGAGUGGCCAACAUUGGAACAUGGCAAAAUGCAUUUAGCAUUCUCUCGCUGGCGGCUGUUAUAGUGAAUUGUGCGUUGAUUGGAUUAUCGGGUCAAAUAUCACGUCUGUGGCCAGGUCUCACAACCGCCCAAACAAUAAUCUUAAUUGUCACACUGGAGCAUAUUAUGUUGGCCUUGCGCUCGGCGUUGACAUGGCUGCUACCAGAAUUACCAUCUUGGUUGGCGGCGGAAAUUGCUCGCGCUGAACAUUGUCGCAGAGAGAUGCAAUGCAAGGGAACUUCGCCGCGGCCUACGCCACCCACACCGCCAUCGACUACUUCCACUCAGCCGGACCAAGAGGUUCUGAACCUUGAGUGUGCUACAACUAACGACCAAUCGAUGGAAAGUCAAAUGGCUGAGGAUAUUUUAUAUCAAGAACAGUUCCGACAAACAACCAACUAUUCCCAAAUAAGUGAAAUCACCAAUUUCGGUCUACAACGCAAUAUUGAAGCUGAUGUCAACAUAUUCGAGAACCGGGAUUCUUCACCUGAUUCGCCACCAUCACAAACGAGCACCAUAUUGAUAAGACCUUUACAUGAAUCUACGCCGCCUAACAGUGGAUCGUCAGUGACGAGCUUAAUUCAAGACACCGGCCAUGGACACGGCGGGUUCGUUUGCAUUAAAUUCUGUAUACAUACAUAUGUAUGAU